AUGUUUCUUCAAAGAUCAAGACUGGGAGAGGUUGAAAUCUUUUCAGAUUCCGCUGAUCUCUACAAGGCAAAGCAUCCGUUGAUUAUAUGCACUGAUGAUUUUGGAGUGUUCUCCACUAGCCUCUCCAACGAGUACUCUCUCGCCGUUAGUUCCUUUGGUCUUGGUAAAAGAGAAACAUUUUCAUUGGCUAAAUCCGCCAUAGACGCAACGUUUGCAGAAGAUGAAGUUAAGCAACAACUUAGGUUGAUUUUUGAUUCAGCCUCGCCAGAGUAUGUUUAG